UGCCCAGCCCCUGCCAGGCUGGAUUCGAGGUGUUCUUGGGUGUUUCUUGUUUGCUGUAGGUGACUCAUCCCAAACCUUCCUCCUGCUGUCCCUUCUGCUGUCCCUCUGUGCCACUGCUCCUCCUCAGCUGUGCCCGGGCUCGGCGCCACCUGGCCCUGCUCUCCUCAUCCCCAGCACGUGUCCCAGUGCCUGUCCCUGCAGGACCAGAGCUGCGCUCCAGGAGUAUGGGGAAUACCCUGAGUGUGCCAGAGGAAGCUGAGGAUGACAAAACCUGCACAGUGAAGAGUUACCAGGCUCUCUCCGAGUCUCCUGACAGUAUUAAAAAUGGAUCUGUGGUGUUUGUUCAGAGCCCUCCCCUGGCAGGGAAUGGUGAAGCAGCUGCCGAGGCGGGUUCUGGACGGGAUAGCGCGGCCGUUUCCCCGGCGGAGCCACGCGGCGCUGCCCGGGCGGGCGGGAGCGCUGCCAGGAGGGCCGAGCCGGCUGCCAGGCCCCGCUCCGUGCUCGCCUUUCCCUGGGCUGUGCCAGGGCGUGCUGAGCAGCCAGCGCAGCCUCCAGCCCCCGCACAGCCCGCUCCCGAUGCCACCGGGCUGAACAAAGGUCCCAGUGAGGGCGCAGAGGGGCCUGGGGCGGCUGAGGCCCAGGAGGGAAGCCAUAAAAACCUGGGCCAGGCCCCGCUCCAGGACGUCGAGCUCGAGGGGACACCUGAGGGACACGAUGUGGCCGCCCCAAAGGCCAAAGCAGUGACGCUCUUCGACAGGAUCUUCAGGCCGGAGAAGGGCAAGGGAAGGACACGAGGUGACCCUCAGGAGGGAAGGCAGGGCUUAGACGUUCCCAACGGGAACACCGUGGCCAGCGCACCCGACGGGAUCCCGCUGGACGAGGAGAUAGAUGAGUGCACCCAAAAGGAGCUUGGGCAGGACUCUGCAGGUGAACAGGGCCCGGCUGCUGCAGCCCCUGGGAGGACACAGGUAGAGAACAGUCCCCAGGCAGCUGCAGGACAGGGCUCAGUCAUGAGCUUCCUCAAAACACUGGUCUCCCCAAGCAAAGCUGAAGCCAAAAGUGAUUCUGAAGACAAGGGCUCCAAGGCAGAGAAGGGCCCAGGGGGGCAGCUGGGCCCGAAGGCAGCGGCAGAAUCCCCCUCCAAAGGAGCCAAGAAAAAGAAGGCAGAGAGCCCCAAGCUGGGCCACAGCACCUUUAGCAAACUCUUUAGGCACAAGGCUGCGAAAGAAACCCAGCAGACAACCAACACCAAAAGCCCUGAGCAGCCUCCUGUCACCUGUGUAAAAGCAGACAGAAAUGUCCCUCCCUCCCAAGAGCCACCGGCCAAGCAGAACCCGAAAGCUCCGGAGGCCGCGACCCCUGCGCAGGGAGUGAGCACUGAAACCCCCCGAGAGGCCACCAAGGACAAGGGCUCGGCCACUCCUCUGCCCCUGAGCAAGCUCUUCUGGAAAAAGAACUCGUCGGAAGAAGCAGAGGCCAUGAGCAAUGAGAAGGCAGAGGCAGCUCUGGAGGCUCCCGACAGGGACGAGAGCAAGAGCUCCGAGAGCUCCGAGCUGAAACCGCGAGCGGCGGAGAGCAAAACACCCAAAGCAAACCUGAGGAAGUUUUUUAAGCUGUCAGUCAAAGGUGAUGGAGGGACCCCCAGUUCAGAAGAGGGAGAUGGUCCCAGCCCCAGACACCACACUUUAAACGCCACAGAGAAGCCUCUUGCCCCAUCUGAGAGCGACCCUGGGGGCCAAAGGAGCAAAGAGAGCUCCAAAGACAAGAAGUCCUCAGUGGAGCUGGGCAAGCAGAAGGGCAGGGAGCAGCCAGAGCCCCGGGAGCAGCCAGCAGCCGACCCCGACUCCAUCCAGAACGGUGGAGACGCCAAGGAACCCUCCUACAAGAAGACAGAGAAGAGGCAGUCCCUCGGAGGCUUUUUUAAAGGCCUUGGCUCCAAGAGGAUGUCGGAUGCAGAAGUGCAGACAGAUCCCGUGUCCAUCCUCCCUGCUGGGAAAUCCAAGUAGUGCCCAGCUGUGGCUGCUGAGGGGAGGCUCAGCAGCUCUCUGGGAGCUCCUGGCAGCAGAAAUGCCUCCUUUUCCUUCCCACGACUCUCAGCAAACGCCUGAGGCUGAAGCAAACACCGGGGUACCAUUGCAGCUUGUCACUGGCAGGUUUGUUCCUCACCUGGAGAAAGCAGCUCUAAAGACCCCCAAGAAAUGUGUUUAAUGUAAGGUGGUGUGGGUGGUUGUAAAGAAUGUAAAAAUGUAAAGAAGUGUGGAGAGGGGAGAGUAAGUCAGGCACGAGGGUGGCAGAGAAUUCAAUAAAUGGCAGAAAAACAAAGGACGUGACAAAGGAGGGCAGCGAGGCACGGGCAGAGAAUCCUCCGCUUUAGAGAGCUUGAAAGCAACCAGGAAAAACACAAAUCCCCUUGGAUAAACCUUCUGCUUCCAUGGAACAACAGCCGAGUCACUUCUGGUGGGGUUCAAUGGAGCUGAAAUCAAAGCUGAACCCUUCAGCCUGAGAGAAUCCGUGGUGAUCAAGUCCUGCUUCCUGUUGGUUAUUAAUGUAAAUUAAAACGCUAAAAUGCAAAGGCUUGACGUGAUUGAGGCAGCUCCUCUCUUGGCCGGGCGAGGUGGGAUAACAAAUUAAAAGCUAUUUAAAGUUCUAAUAGGACACAAGAGGGCACCCACGUCCCCUAACGCCGGGCUGUGCCUGCCAGCCGGGAAUUAAUGGUCCUUAGAUCAUAGGAAACUUACUUGUUCAUCCUGAUAUUUGUUUAUAGUCGUAAUUAAUCCUAAUAAAAACCAAAAUCAAAGCUGCCCAGGCAGCUCUCUGCUUCACAAGACUCCCAUAAUAACUACAGUUAAUAAAUUUUACAGAAAAUUAAGAUUUCUGUUCGUUCAAUCCUAGCCUGUACAGGGAACCAGGGGCCUGACAUUUUAAUCAACACUGAUCUUAAUGAUACAAUACUGUAUAUUUUGACAUCCUUAUCUUUAAAUAAACUAAUACUUAUCCUUUGAAAAAAGAAAAA